UCUUUUUUUUAUUUAAACUCCUCCUUUAGCUUCAAUGAAAAAAUGCAUAAAUAAAUGUUGAGCCCACUUCUAGGCUUAGAGCCAUUUUUCUUUUUCACUUUUACUUAUCUCCUACGAUAACAGCAAUGAAUUUAUCCUUUGUGUUUCGAGUCCUCAACAUCAUUGUCGCAGCCUUUAUGAUUAUUGGCGGUGUCAUGACUUGUUUUGCAGGAGGGUUCCCUAAUUUUAUCCAAGGCAUUUUUGUCAUCAUCUUUGGUAUUGUCACCGCUCUGUUCGAAUUCAGACUGCCAGCCGUCGUGACGCAGUUUGCUUCCUUUAUGUUUUCAUUUAUGGGCCGUGCUAUCUUUUACAUCUUUAUUGGUUGUAUCACUCUCAGUUAUGGACACCUUGCUAUUGCUUCAGGUGUCAUCAUCGUCGUGAUCGGUCUCGUCUACCUCGUCCUUCACUUCUUCAAAAAAAUAGAUGCACCUUCCAACAUGCAAAGACAAGCUUACGAAGAUGCUCUUUCUGGCUUGAGUUCAACAAAGACAUCGGCCAACAACAGCACUCUUCCCACCACCCACCAACCCAAUCCGUAUCCUCAAAGCACUUUCCCUCCAACUUCUGCACCUCAAACAGCUUAUCCACAAAACACCUAUCCUCACACUCAUGCUGAUGGUACAAAUCCCACCUACCCACCCGUCAAUUUCAAUCAUCAGGGUGCUAUCUAAUGACGCUCUCUUGUUUUAUCACAAGCCGCGUGCUCUCCCUCUCUCUCUCUUUUAUACUCUAUUUUGUCCACCUCCCUAAUAGUCAUCUUACAUUUUUAAUACACUCUUAUACACUUUUUUCUUUUUUGUUUGAACCCUUCUUUUUAGAAUCGCUCAUCUCAUAUAAACGAAUAAAAAUAAUAUGCAACACAAAUCUUUUGA